UUUGGAGGUUGGGCUGCAGCCUCCAUUGCCCAGAGCCUGGUCAGUAUCCCUAGUCUCCCCCAGAUCCGAGCUCAAGUCUUGAUUACUCCAAUUUUGCAGUUUGUUAAUUUCCUUUUACCAUCUCAACAACAGAAUAAAAACAUCCCAUUUCUUACCAGAGACUUGAUGACUCUACUUGUGGGUAAAUAUCUGGCCAUUGACCUCUCUUGGAGCGAUUCCAUGCUUACAGGUUCUGUUAUACCUCCAGACAAGUGGAUGAAAUACAGAAAGUGGCUCAGCUCUGACAAUAUCCCCAGAAGGUUCUGGAGCCAAGAUACACAACCUGAGUUUCUUGGACAUUUUAAUGAGGCUGCCUAUCUAGAAACAAAACAUAUAUUCCACACGGAAAUUUCCCCAAUCAUCGCAGAUGAUGAGACCAUUGCUCAGCUUCCUGAGGCAUGCCUAGUGAGUUGUGAGUAUGACAUAAUCCGCGAUGAUACCUUGCUUUACAAGAAGCGCUUGGAAGACCAGGGCAUUCCUGUGAACUGGCACCAUGUGACUGACGGUUUGCAUGGAUGCCUUAUAAUGUUUGAUAUAAAGUUUCUAAAUUUCCCCUGCAGCAUGAAAAUGGUAAACACUGUUGUCAGUUACAUAAAGAGCAUAUGAUAGUCACUUUGGUCUUUGAGUAUAAUGAAAUAAAAUAUC